GUCUUGAAUAUAAUCAUGGCCAAACCUUAUGAAUUUAACUGGCAGAAAGAAGUUCCUUCCUUUUUGCAAGAAGGAGCAAUUUUUGACAGAUAUGAAGAGGAAUCCAUUGUGUUUGAACCCAACUGCCUCUUCAAAGUGGAUGAAUUUGGCUUCUUUCUGACCUGGAAAAGUGAAGGCAAGGAAGGACAAGUGCUGGAAUGCUCCCUCAUCAACAGUGUUCGGUUGGGAGCCACACCAAAGGAUCCCAAAAUCCUGGCUGCUCUUGAAGCUGUUGGAAAAUCAGAAAAUGAUCUGGAAGGGCGGAUAGUGUGUGUCUGCAGUGGCACCGAUCUGGUGAACAUCAGCUUCACUUACAUGGUGGCUGAAAAUCCAGAAGUGACCAAGCAAUGGGUAGAUGGCCUGAGAUCAAUCAUACACAACUUCAGGGCCAACAACGUCAGUCCAAUGACAUGCCUCAAGAAACACUGGAUGAAAUUGGCAUUUAUGACGAACACAAAUGGUAAAAUUCCAGUUAGGAGUAUUACUAGAACCUUUGCAUCGGGGAAAACAGAAAAGGUGAUUUUUCAAGCACUCAAGGAGUUAGGUCUUCCCAGUGGAAAGAAUGAUGAAAUUGAGCCUUCAGCAUUUACUUAUGAAAAGUUCUAUGAACUCACACAAAAAAUUUGUCCUCGGACAGAUAUAGAGGAUCUAUUUAAAAAAAUCAAUGGAGACAAAACUGAUUAUUUAACGGUAGACCAAUUAGUGAGCUUUCUAAAUGAACAUCAACGAGAUCCUCGACUGAAUGAAAUUUUAUUCCCAUUUUAUGAUGUUAAAAGGGCAAUGCAGAUCAUUGAGAUGUAUGAGCCUGAUGAAGACUUAAAGAAAAAAGGCCUUAUAUCAAGUGAUGGGUUUUGCAGAUAUCUGAUGUCAGAUGAAAAUGCCCCCGUCUUCCUAGAUCGUUUAGAACUUUACCAAGAAAUGGACCAUCCUCUAGCUCACUACUUCAUCAGUUCUUCCCACAACACCUAUCUCACUGGCCGACAAUUUGGCGGGAAGUCUUCGGUAGAAAUGUACAGACAGGUUCUCCUGGCUGGGUGCAGAUGUGUCGAACUUGACUGUUGGGAUGGAAAAGGUGAAGACCAAGAACCGAUAAUAACUCAUGGAAAAGCAAUGUGUACAGAUAUCCUUUUUAAGGAUGUUAUUCAAGCCAUCAAGGAAACCGCAUUUGUCACAUCUGAAUAUCCUGUAAUUCUCUCCUUUGAAAAUCACUGCAGCAAAUAUCAACAGUACAAGAUGUCCAAAUAUUGCGAAGAUCUAUUUGGAGACCUCCUGUUGAAACAAGCUCUUGAAUCACAUCCACUCGAACCAGGCAGGCCCUUGCCAUCCCCCAAUGACCUCAAAAGAAAAAUACUCAUCAAAAAUAAACGGCUGAAACCUGAGGUUGAACAAAAGCAGCUUGAAGCUUUGAAAAGCAUGAUGGAAGCUGGAGAAACCGCUGCCCCAGUUAACAUCUUAGAGGAUGAUAACGAAGAGGAAGUAGAAAGUGCUGAGCAGGAGGAAGAGGCUCACCCUGAAUACAAAUUUGGAAAUGAGCUUUCUGCAGACGACUUGGGUCACAAGGAAGCUGUGGCAAACAGUGUCAAGAAGGCUUCUGAUGACCUUGAACAUGAAAACAACAAAAAGGGCCUGGUUACUGUAGAAGAUGAGCAGGCGUGGAUGGCAUCUUAUAAAUAUGUAGGUGCUACCACUAAUAUCCAUCCGUAUUUGUCCACAAUGAUCAACUAUGCACAGCCUGUAAAGUUUCAAGGUUUCCAUGUGGCUGAAGAACGCAAUAUUCAUUAUAACAUGUCGUCUUUUAAUGAGUCAGUUGGCCUCGGCUACUUGAAGACACACGCAAUUGAGUUUGUGAAUUAUAACAAACGGCAAAUGAGUCGCAUUUACCCCAAGGGAGGCCGAGUCGAUUCCAGUAAUUACAUGCCUCAGAUUUUCUGGAACGCUGGCUGCCAGAUGGUUUCACUGAACUAUCAAACCCCAGAUUUAGCGAUGCAAUUGAAUCAGGGAAAAUUUGAGUAUAAUGGAUCGUGCGGGUACCUUCUCAAACCAGAUUUCAUGAGACGGCCUGAUCGAACAUUUGAUCCCUUCUCUGAAACGCCUGUUGAUGGGGUUAUUGCAGCCACUUGCUCAGUGCAGGUCAUAUCAGGUCAGUUCCUAUCAGAUAAGAAAAUUGGCACGUACGUAGAAGUGGAUAUGUAUGGGUUGCCCACCGACACUAUACGUAAGGAAUUCCGAACUCGCAUGGUGAUGAACAAUGGACUCAAUCCAGUUUACAAUGAAGAAUCAUUCGUAUUUCGGAAGGUAAUCCUCCCUGACCUGGCAGUCUUGAGAAUAGCCGUCUAUGAUGACAACAACAGGCUGAUUGGCCAGAGGAUCCUGCCCCUGGAUGGCCUCCAGGCGGGCUACCGACAUAUUUCUCUUCGCAAUGAGGGAAAUAAACCAUUAUCACUGCCAACAAUUUUCUGCAAUAUUGUCCUCAAAACAUAUGUGCCUGAUGGAUUUGGAGAUAUUGUGGAUGCUUUAUCAGAUCCAAAGAAGUUUCUUUCAAUCACGGAAAAGAGGGCAGACCAAAUGAGAGCUAUGGGCAUUGAAACCAGUGACAUAGCCGAUGUGCCCAGCGACACUUCUAAGAAUGACAAGAAAGGAAAGGCCAACACUGCCAAAGCAAAUGUGACCCCACAGAGCAGCUCCGAGCUCAGACCAACCACCACGGCCGCCCUGGGAUCUGGUGUGGAAACCAAGAAAGGUAUUGAACUCAUCCCUCAAGUAAGGAUAGAAGAUCUAAAGCAGAUGAAGGCUUACUUGAAGCAUUUAAAGAAACAACAGAAAGAGCUAAAUUCUUUAAAGAAGAAACAUGCAAAGGAACGGAGUUGGUACCCGUAUGAAAAACUGAUGUUGUCCAAUGAGCCAUGGCAUCCCAUUUCUGAUGAACAAAUUGUCUCUUCAUCAGAAAACUUUGUAGUUUUCAAAGGCCCAUGGGAAUGGGAAGGUUAUCUAACUUCUGGCACACAUUUGCGAUUUUCCAUUUUCAGGGGAAGUAAUUGUCUUGAAAUGAAAAAAGAAACAGAAAUUAAAAUUCAGACACUGACAUCGGAUCACAAAUCUAAGGUCAAAGAGAUUGUGGCACAGCACACAAAGGAAUGGUCAGAAAUGAUCAACACCCACAGUGCUGAGGAGCAAGAAAUCCGGGACCUGCACCUGAGUCAGCAGUGUGAGCUGCUGAGAAAGCUCCUCAUCAACGCCCACGAACAGCAAACCCAGCAGCUGAAAUUGUCCCACGACAGGGAAAGCAAGGAAAUGAGAGCACACCAGGCUAAGAUUUCUAUGGAAAAUAGCAAAGCCAUCAGCCAAGAUAAAUCCAUCAAGAAUAAAGCAGAACGGGAAAGGCGAGUCAGAGAGUUAAACAGCAGCAACACUAAAAAGUUUCUGGAAGAAAGAAAGAGACUCGCAAUGAAACAGUCCAAAGAAAUGGAUCAGUUGAAAAAAGUCCAACUUGAACACCUAGAAUUCCUAGAGAAACAGAAUGAGCAGCUUUUGAAAUCCUGUCAUGCAGUGUCCCAAACUCAAGGCGAAGGAGAUGCAGCAGAUGGUGAAAUUGGAAGCCGAGAUGGACCGCAGACCAGCAACAGUAGUAUGAAACUCCAAAAUGCAAACUGAAGCAGGAAAAACACACAGCAUCAAUAGCUCUCUCCCAAACUUCUGAACACAAAGUCCAUGGAAGAAAAUCGUUGUCUUUUGUGUUUCCUUUAUGUAUAGACAAGAUGUUACCCAAAACCACAGACUUCCAUACUUCUAUUUCACGUUUUGAGUAAUUGAAUUUCCUUGGCCAACCAAAAAUAGCUACGAAUCCACAAAAAUUACCAUUCCAGUAAGGCAGAGUUUAACCAUGUAUGACACAACUUAAACAUGUUUGCUGUGAAAUACCAUCACAAGUAAAUGAGCCUGGUGUUAACAACUCUGCUUCGUGAUGCAUUAGGACAUGUUUGAGCUGCAGCAAAAAUAGUGCAUUAGCAAUUUAAUAGCAAGUGCAUGCACUAGAAAAAAAAAAACUCUGUCAACAAAUCCAUCAGCAAAAGUGAUGAUCGGCUAGACAAAUAAUUUUGCGGAACUUUUCUACAUCUAAGUUACCUCAUCAUUAAGUGCCAUAUCUCUACCAUGCCAUAAGAAGCUAAUUUUCUGUAAAAGUUGUGGAAAUUAUUAGAAAAACAGAACAGUGUACCUGUGCCAAAACUCAUCAGUGCUCAAGGGAGAACUCUGUUAGGCACAUCUAAGGACGUUUACAUCUGACAUUGCUUUCUAGGAAUUGCUUCAGCCAAUUCCAGAUAUUAUAAUUCACUAUUACACCUUCAAGAUUGUGAAGAGGUUAUUGGCAAACGUUUGUAAAUGUGACCAUGUAUAAAGUAUUUAUACUCCUAAUUCACACUGUUAUAGAGCAAAAUCAUCUAAGUAUUGCCACAUGACAAGAUUAGUAAACAAGAAUACUAGAACUAUGUUUGCAUGAUACACAAGCACCAAUUAGGACUAAUCCAUACAGACACAGUUAACCUAAUGCCAAGUCAAUACUGGUGAAAUAAAUGUAUGGCACAGACUAUAAUUUGACUAUCAAGACUUUUAGCAUAAUGAAAAAGUCUAUAUAUAUGUGUAUAUGAAUUACGUGGGCAUUCUUGAUACUUCAACUUCUAGUUUCAGAAAAAAAUACAUAACUAAUUUAAUUUUACACAAAAAUAUUUAUGCAGAUUUUCAGAAUUUCAUAUCAGGAAAUAACCUUUUUAUGUCUGUUAAAUAUCAAAACAAUUUGCUACAGUGUUAAUCUGCAUGGUCUUUAAGCCUGCUGUAGUGGUGUUACAGACAGUGCAUGAAAAAGUAUUCCGCUGGGAAUUGAGCCAGGCCACCAAAGCUGAGAGGAGCGCAUGGAAAGCUGGCAGUCUAGAACUAAUCAGAUUACUGAUUUUCAGACACAAAACACCAACUUAAUUGUUGUAUAUGCUUGUACAAAUUGAUUCUGUGUGUUCCUCUGAACAAAGCAGAGAAAAUUAUGUUACCAUCAAUAACGAAAUUAAACUUCCAACUUCUCUAAUAAAAAUUUAAAACACGUAA